GCUCAGCUGUCAAAACUCGUAAAAAACCCCCUUAACGCCCGUGAUUCCAGCAAAGGAGUAUCCAUAGAAACCAUGUUCAAUCACCCUGUCUUCAUCCUGUCCAGGGCCUAUUGCGCGACAAAUAUCUCGGAAAGCCUCUCCAUCAAGACUUUAAUCAGACUUGUCAUGAUCGCGAUCCAGAACUCUUUAGCGGCAUCGUGCUACCAUGCAAGCAGAAGAACGACCACUAACAGUAUGACGAUGACUACAAGAAUGGACUUGUGUGUCUUGACAAUUGUCUUGAGAAUUUUCUUUUCCGAUGUCUUGAGUGUGUCUUGCAUCGAGUCGAGCUGUGCUUGUUGCUCAAUGCUUUUGGUGUGCAGACUGGCAACUUGA